AGAGGGGCGAGAGCAAGGUGGCUGAACUGGAUGAGCUCUGAGACGCACACAGACGCACGGGGACGCACAAGACGAGCGCGAGACACACAGGAAGCCGCUCUCCGUUACAGAUAUUUAAAAACAGAUGAGAAGAUUACGCGCGUUUCGCUGUUUGCUGGGAUGAGAAAGGUCUUCGGAGUAUCCAGAGAAUUACGCACGGAACUCCAUUCCAAGGUGAACCAACUUUUUGCGCACGGACCUUUUGGAGAUGCGUGGAGCCAGCGGUCACCACAGAGAUGCGUCUUGCUUUUUCUUUUUUGCAUAAUCUGAGCCGGGAGUUUACAGUCUGAUCCUUGCUGACAGGGAUCCUCUCUGGAACGCUUUGGCACAUGUUGACGCACAGUUUGGAUCGAGAGCGGGGCUCGUGAGGAGUCUCCCGCACACCGCAGCCUGCCAGAAGAGGAACUGCGCGGCCGUGUGCGUCGCGCAUCGGGACGCGCUGUGCUUUUACGCACUUGCCGCGCGACCCGCAACCCUUCACGUCUCCUUUAAGUUGACUUAAAAAAAAAAAAAAAGAAAAGAAAGGAAACAAGCGGCGUGGACGGACUCAGACGUCUGGACUGCGCGUGAGUCACCCGUGAGCAAACAUUUGGACGAGCGUCGCUCGUCGGCAGUGACACACUCCGGGGGAUCUUUAACGGUGCGCGCUGUGCACCGGCGGCGCACGCACGCAGGCACGCACCCGGGGGAACGAGUGGGGACGAGGCUCGGCGGGGCAGCCGGGGGAUUGGCCGCCGAGGUGCUAAAUGCCCAGCCGGUCGCUCGCGGCUCCUCGGGCUGGGCAACAUGAGGUCCUGGGUCCUGCUGCUGCUGCUGGCCGCGCUGCUGGCGGCCCGUCUGCGGAUCGGCAGCGCUGAGGGCGAUCCGCUCCCUCCAGCGCUGGUGGACCUGGUGAGGAACUCCCCCAUCUCCUCCGUGGAAGACCUGAAGCUGCUGCUGCAGCAGGAGACCAACGCAGUCGAAGACGAGGAGGACGAGCAUGACAUGGUCACGAACCACACCCGGGGUCGCUACGUUCGCAGUCUUGUGGAGGCGCAGCCGGCUCAGCAGGCGGCCUGCAAGGUCCGGACGGAGGUGAUGGAGGUGACGAGGUCCAUGCUGGACCGCCGCAACGCCAACUUCCUGCUGUGGCCGCCGUGCGUGGAGGUGCAGCGCUGCUCGGGCUGCUGCAACACGCGGCUGCUGCAGUGCGUCCCGACCGUCACGGCCAGCAGAUACCUGCAGGUGAUAAAGAUUCAGUACGUGAACAAGCAGGCGCAUUACGACAAGGCCAUCAUCUCCGUGGAGGACCACGUCAGCUGCCGGUGCCAGCUGCGGUUCCCCGCUCCUCCAACCCCGCUCCGCCCCCUCCCCCACUGCAGCUGCCCCCCCCCGCCCGCCCACCCGCCCCGGCCCCGCCUCCCGGCCUCCGCCAGGACUCAGACCUCCAAGGCCGACCUCCACCGCCACGACGACCUGAAGCACAACCAGCAGCACUACCGGGCCGAGGAGCGCGAGCCGGCGGCGAGGCAGUGGCAGCAGGGCGGCUACACCCAGCUGGUGCGCUGGACGCAGCCGCGGGUCACCGGCCUGCUGGGGGCGGCGCACGGCGUCCUGGGAGGCGCGCAGCCGGUGGGGCACGGCAGCGGCUACGACGGCAGCCGGGAGGAGAGCCACGCCUCCAACGGCGACGGAGACCAGCGGCAGCAGCCACACCGUCCAGCGGGAGCCGAGGACCGAGAGCUGAGGACGCAGUAUCGGCUCCACGCCCCUCAGUCGGACGCCGCCUCCCCGCCGCUCCCCCCAACGCAGCCCCCACCCGCAGGACAAACCCCCACCCAACCCCUGACCACCGUCCUCAAAGACUCAGUGACCAGCCCCACAUACUCAGAGGUCACGCGCUACAGACAGACCCAGACCGCCGCCGUCAGGCAGAGGGGAGGGGCCGAGCGGGAGGACGGCGGCUCCGCCCACAGCGGCGACACGGCCGGGGCGGAGCCGGCAGUUCGGGGGGCGGAGCCGACCGCUCGAGAGGCGGAGAAAGACUCUAAAGCAACGAGUGAGGACGGUGGUUUAACGGAGGAGGAGAGGAGGAAGAAACUUCUGGAGAUGGUACAGAAGGAGCCGGAUGUACAGACUCUUCAUCCUCAUCAUCCUCAGCAGAGACCAAAGCCCACCACAUUCAAAACAGCGUUCUCGACCGUGGCUCCCGCCUCGCCUCUGGCCCGCCAGGCGCCGUUCAGACCCGCUUCGCCCCGCCGCAGGAGAAAACACCGCAAGCGCAUCAGCAAAGCAGCCAUGAGGGCCAUGAUCAUGUAGAGCCCGAGGAAGUGGAUUAAGCUAACCAAAACAUUUUGGCCUGAAACGUUGCUCCAGACCGACACGGAGGCACAAACCGAGCGAGGAUUGAUUCUCCAGUGUGGACCAGUUGAGACUGGAGGCGGCGGACUGCGCUGCUGAGGAAACGCCACCCGGUCCAGAGGUGCUAAAGGAAGAUCCAGGCUUUAUGGAUUAAAUGAAAGUGCAAUCUGAUGAACUCCUCGAGGGCUGGAGGACCUUCGUCACACUAAAACACUGGAUUGGAUUGACUUGAGCCACACAGUCCGGCUGAAGCUGUGAGGAAAUCGGCCGGGCUGGGGGUCUCCUCAGGCGGUCAUUGAUUGGCCGCUGUGGAAAAUCUGACUGUGACUCUGAAUGUGGAGCUCGGGUCGAAGGACUGAACUUCUACACUGGGAUGAUAGCUGGAAACUGUAACGUGCAGCUGGGGCCUGGAUGCCAAACCCUACUGUUAUCCUAACAUUAUCUAACACUGGAGUAGCCACACACUGACCUAGAGAAGUGCUCUGCCGUGUACUGUAGCUAAAUGUACUGGAAAAUAUCAAUAACCCGCUCAUUUUGUACUACUGCCAGAUCAAAAACGGAAUGGAAUAACAACUAAAUGCCUGCUUAGAUAACCUGCUAUGAAUAUCCACGUCGAAGCAAGUCUUAAAGGCCUGGCUUUUAGAGAUCGCUGCCAGCCAGUUAUAGCCAACACUGUAAUGUAUAAAUGCUUUUAGAAAAUGAUUUCCAGGGGAAAAGAAAAGCAAAAGAACUUUAUUUCUUAACUUAUUUAAAAAAAAAAAAAACAAAACAGGAGGAUAUGAAGUCCUCUGGUUCUCAAGUGUAA